CCGUAUGCCGUCGAGUCGGAGUCGGAGUCGCGCGCUCCUCGGCAGUCAGUCAGUGAGUCAGUUGUGUUGUUUUUUUUGUCGCGCGCGCGCUUCCGCGCUCCUGCUGCUGGCUGUGCUGCCUGCUGCCCGUUACCCCGUUGGCCUCUCGGUCACGUGUGUAUGUGCGCGUUCGCGAGACUUUCCACGCCGAUCGCUCACCGAUGUUGCCUCGGCGUGAAGUUCCAACUUGACGCUGUCGAGGACCAGCCUAGCCCAACUUGCCGACGCACCUACAUCUUCCAAUAGGGUGCUGCUGGCAAGAAGGCGCUGGGAAGAUUGGCGCUGGUCGGGCGGCGGGAAUAGAAAGCCGCUCGAUCGUCGGGGCUGAGGUUGUAAGCUUAGAGGCCAGAUUGAUCGGAGGAACUACGUCACCGCAGCUGGCCGCAGCUGGCCGCGCCACGCGUCUCCGUCGCCAUCUCCGGGGAAGUCAUUAGCGUGGAAAAGACAGCACCGCCGGCCACGACUCGUCGGUCGAGGAGCUCCGAGGCAGAGCGAUGAGCACGCGCUGCGCGAGUCGACUCGGCUCGGACUCGGCGGCCAGUCACACGGCUCGGAGAGUCGGCGAGCAGUGACCUAGAAAGGAGCCGCCGUCGCCGCGACUGCCGACGACGACGACGACGACGACGACGACGACUGGCGCGAGAAGGGGCACGUGGACGGAGGUCAAGCCGAUCUGGACGGGGCGCCACUGCCGCUGCCGCUGGCACAAGACUGAGGAGGCCAGGACAGCGAGGCAGUGAGGCGACGUACGGGAGAGAAGGCUGGCGCUAUGCCGGCUAAGCGGCUGGCUGGGAUCGUUGUCUCUCGGCAGCGCUGCGCUGAGUCGAGCUGCUCCCGGUGCGCCUGCAGCAGCUGCAGACUGGCUGAUCGGCCCGCCGCGACUCCAAGCCCGGAGACAUCGUCAUGAAGUUGUCUGUGUCGGCAUACAGAGCACAGGCAAGCGCCCAACGCAAGAUCCUUAGCAACUACCAGCACCAGCUGAGCUACGGUGCCACCAAUCAGGCCUCCUCGGCCCGCACCCCCUCUGACCCCGCGGCGGUCCUUCCUGGUCUCAAGCUUCGAGUCUGGAUGUCACAACUUACUCCGAGAGCACGCGAUCGUAGAAAAUGCCAAAAAAACGGCCAGCGACGUACGGUUACAUGGAGCAACGAUACUCAAUCUGAGGUGGAUCGAGCGGAGAACGAGGAGGGCCAGGGAGGAGCACUGGGUCCGUGUUCGUCGUCGGCGUACCACAGCAGCGCUGCCUCAGGCUCGAGAAUGGGCCCUGGGCCCGACUCGGGCAGCAGUGCUCCGUCAUCGGUACCCCACUCGCUGGCCACGUCGCGCGACGAGGAGGAGGACGACGACGAGGAGAGCAGCGGGCGUCGCUCCAACGGCCACGGAGGAUCUAGGUAUAUGUUGGGCGGCUAUCGUCGGAGCUCAAGUUUGAACAAGUCGUUCGGUGCUAGCAGUAGCCAGCGGCUGGGCCGUCUGCGGCUGAACAAAUCGUUGAGCGACAGCGCCUAUGGCUUAUCGAAGUCGCUGAGUGUCGGGGGCGCGGUGAGCCUCACCACCACUACCACCACCACGUCGCAAGCCACCUCGCAGAACUCGCUGGACGACAGUACCAACUUGGAUAUACCGGCGAGGGCCAACCGACCGCGCAGCACCAGAGGCUCGCAAAAGUGGAGUAACGUGCGCGCGGUCAUGGCCCUCUAUUCCUCACUGCGCAAGAUCAAGAGAACGAAAAGCAACCAGCGAUGGAUGAAGCUGAGAACGACGGUGCAGCUGAGCUCGGCGAUCUCGACAAUCCAGAAAAAGCCGCCGCUGAAGCGCGAGGACUCGUUCUUGAAGCGCUUCAGCACGCGGCAGAUCCCCGAGAGCCAGGAGACCAUAGACACGGGCGAGGGCGAGGAGGGCGAGCAGGGCGACGAGACCGGUAAGAGCGCGACACGGCGGCGGCGCCGGCCGAGACGGCCGCAGAAGCCGCCGAAGAGCGUGGUGAACCCCGACGAGAACUUCUACUACUACUGGCUGAUGCUGCUGUCGAGCUGCGUGCUGUACAAUCUGUGGACGCUCAUCGUGCGCCAGAGCAUGCCCGAGCUGCAGCAGAUGGCGCCGGCGCUGUGGCUCGGCUGCGACGGCUUCACCGACCUCGUCUUCUUCCUCGACGUGGGCGUGCAGUUCCGCACAGGCUACCUCGAACAGGGCCUCAUGGUCUACAACAGCAAGAAGCUUGCCGGUCACUACUUCAAGUCCAAGUCGUUCCUGCUGGACCUGCUGGCCCUGCUGCCGCUCGACCUGCUGCAGGUCAACCUCGGUAGCAACCCCAUGCUGCGCUUCCCGCGCUUCCUCAAGGUCUACCGCGUCUACAACUACUACUACAUGGUCGAGUCGCGCACCGUCUACCCCAACCUCUGGCGGGUGAUCAACCUCAUCCACAUACUGCUCAUCCUGGCCCACUGGUUCGGCUGCUUCUACUACCUGCUCAGCGAAGCCGAGGGCUUCCAUGGCGACUGGGUCUACCCGUACCGGCCCGGCGAGUACGCCACUCUCACGCGCAAGUACCUCGGCUCGCUCUACUGGUCCACCCUCACCCUCACCACCAUCGGCGACCUGCCCACUCCGGAGACCAACGCCGAAGCUGUACCGGGCGGUAACCACCGGAGCCUCGCACGCCGCGGCCGACUGUCCCGGCUUCUGCAGUUCAAGCAUAACGAAGGGUACGUGUUCACGAUAGUGAGCUACCUGAUCGGCGUGUUCAUCUUCGCGACGAUAGUCGGCCAGGUGGGCAACGUGAUAACGAACCGGAACGCGAACAGACUGGAGUUUGAGCGACUGCUCGACGGGGCCAAGACCUACAUGCGCCAUCACAAAGUGCCCGGCGGCAUGAAGAGGCGGGUGCUCCGAUGGUACGACUAUAGCUGGUCGCGCGGACGCAUCCAGGGCGGCGGCGACAUCAACACGGCCCUCGGACUGCUGCCCGACAAGCUCAAGACCGAGCUCGCUCUACACGUCAACCUGUCCGUUCUCAAGAAGGUCACCAUCUUCCAGGAAUGCCAACCGGAAUUCUUGCACGACCUCGUGCUGAAGAUGAAGGCUUACAUAUUCACGCCAGGCGACUCGAUCUGCCGCAAAGGCGAGGUUGCGCGGGAGAUGUUCAUCAUCGCAGACGGCAUCCUGGAGGUGAUCAGCGAGACCGGCAGAGUGCUGACCACCAUGAAAGCCGGCGACUUCUUCGGCGAGAUCGGCAUCCUCAACCUCGACGGGCUCAAUAAGCGAACGGCGGACGUGCGCUCGGUCGGCUACUCGGAGCUGUUCAGCCUGUCGCGAGAGGACGUGCUGGCGGCGCUGAAGGACUACCCGGAGGCGCAGGAGAUCUUGCGCAAGCUGGGCGAGAAGCGGCUGCAGGAGGCGAAGCGGGUGGCGCGCAGCUUCAGGCAGCCGCACGGCGGCUCGCCCGGCCACGACUCCUCGGACAACAGCGCCGGCAAGCGCAUCGUCGACAAGCUCAAGGUCGACGUGAAGGGCUUGAAGAACGUGCUACGCAAGAGCCGCCGCAACACCAGGCCCGAGGAGAGCCUGGAGCUGCAGCCGCUGACCUCCAAGGUGCCGCAGCUGCGCCGGCAGACGCGCAUCGACGAGAGCGCCGACAUCGGCACUUCGGCCUCGGAGACGCCCGUUUCGCCCAUCGGGGCGGGCCUGCCGCUGAUCGCGCGGCUCAGGCUGCUCAAGGAGAAGCAGGACCGCGAGGAGAAGCGCAUCCUCAUGGACGGAUCGCCGCAGACUCACGAGCAGGCGCCGCCGAGCGGGGACGCGCCGAACCCGCGCGAGGUCCCCCUGCUGCAGAGGCUGCUGCACAUGAAGUCGAAGGCGGAGCCGGACGCAUUGGCGGAUCGCGAGUCGAUGGUGGCGAAGGAGCCGCUACUGCCGCGCAGCGUCAUCCCCGAGGAGAGCGAGAGCUUCGCGUCGACGGACCAGCCGGACGUGCAGCCGAGCCCCAAGCAGUCGAGUGCCGGCUCGUCGAUGGACGCGCCCGCGGAGAGCGGCGCCAGCUGCGCCCGGCCGCGCCAGCCCUGGGCGAAGCUCAAGGACGCCUCGAUCAAGACCAACGGGUCCACGAGGCCGCGCUCGGGCGCCGGCUACCAGCCGCACCACCAGCAGCGCAGGUCCUCCUCGUCGGCGCUGACCGGCCCCGCGCGUCGCCUGCAGCCGCAGCGACAGAGCCUCGUGCACAUCCGCCAGCAGACCAAGAUGUACGCCUCCGUGGACGACCUGUCGCCCGAGUACUGCGGCCUGCCGUUCGUCAAGAAGCUCAAAAUCCUCAACGAGCGGCAGAAGCUGGCCGAGCUGGAGAAGGCCGUGCGCAGCUCGAGCCUCGACUGCGGCGAGAACGCCAACGCCGACGCCGAGUUCGACGGCAGCCUCACCAGGAGCCACUCCGAGGCCUGCGCCAUCGAGUACGCUCGCAAGCUCGCCAAGCUCAACAAGAUAGCGACGGUGCUAUUCGCGACGAAGGUGUCGCAGCUUUGGGCGAUGGGCCUCGGCCGCAGCACGUUCGGCUUUCCGAAAAGACGCCGAGCCGAGGACACCGUGGGCCUGCUUGCGCAACCGCCUCGAGAGCGUCGUCGGCGCACGCUUGCCUCGGCGGAACAGCUCUCCCCCGAGAACGAAACGUUAGAGCGGCGAAAGCUAAAGAGCAUCUUAAAGAAGCUCUCGGUGAGCAGUCGGGCCGGCAGCUCGGAGACCUCGCCGGAACGCGAGGCCGCGGCCUCGGCCGCCCGUGCCCAGCUGAGAAAACUGAUGCGCGCGCCGACCCUUGAGGGCUACGCGGCCCGCCACUCCAAGCUCUCCAAGAGCGUCACCUUUAACAAGUAUACUUUGCAGAGCCCCCCUGGCGACGACGAGGCCCGGGGCGCGAGCGCCGCCCCGGCUCUGCCGGCGCCGGCGCCGGCGCCGCCCUCGUCCUCAUCGUCCUCCGUGGACGAGGGCGCGGCGGCGGCGGCGGGUGCGGCGCCGCUGGCACUGCCGCCCAGCAAGCUCGGCUGCCGGGCCGCCUGCGCCGGCGGGGCCGUGGUCAGCCGGCAGCAGCACGCGCAGGCGCGCGCCAGGGCCAGGGAGAACGAGUGCCUCGGCGAGAUCGUAUCGGGCAUCCGGCAGCUCGUCCAGUCCAGACUGGCCGGGAUCGAGGGCCGCUUCGAGCGCGAGUUCGCCUCGCUGGAGCUGGAGGUCCGCAAGCGCGACGAGAUCAUCUCGCAGCUGCAGGCGCGCAUCCUGCAGCUCGAGGGCGGCGACCCCGGCUCGGCGCUCGCGGGUCCGGAGGCGGCGACCGCCGCCGAGGCGGACCGCGGCGGCGACUCCAGCUCCGAGGAGGCCGCCUCGCUGGAGGAGGACGACUUCGCCGACGAGGAGCCGGAGCACCCGUUCAUGCGCGACGGCUCGGUGGACACGGUGCUGACGGCGAGGCCGCGACGGCGGCGCUCCUCGCCUUCCUCCGCCACCGACUCGUCCAACACCCAUAGCAACCGGCGCUCCUGGGAGGAGCACUCCGAGGAGGAGACGCUCGAACUGCAGGAGCUGCCGCGCUCCAUCAGCCCGCAGAGCCUGUGGCGCGACCAGGUGGCCAUCGAGCUCGAGUCCAGCGACGAGAGCGAGUCGGAGGGCGCGCGCGCGCCUCCCGCCGGCCUCGGCGCCGCCGACGACGACGACGACGAGGACGAGCUGGAGCCCGACGUCGACGGGCUCAUCGACGCCGCGGGCCACAACAACUGGGAAGUGGCCAUGCUCGCGCACGAGCUCGAGAAGCGGCGACGCAGCAGCGAAGGCUCCUAGCGCAUCGGCCGGAGGCGCCGCCGUCAGCCUGCCAGCCGGACCAACCGCCCCCAUCCCGCCUCGCUGUUCUGCUCGCUGCUCGGCUUUCCGGUUGCCGAUCCCGGACUCCCUCCUUCUCCCCCUCCACCGCCUCCUCUGUACAAAGUGCCCGGCGCCCCCCCUCUCAUUGCCGAAUUGUUGUUACUUUUAUUACGAUAUGUAUAGCCGAUUGCACAAUUAACCAAUUUGUACUUGAUGACAAU